UUGACACAGCUUCACACUCUCGACAUUUUCGAUCCAUAGGAUGGCUUCUUCGUCUCCUCCUACGGCGAUGAAGGAAGAAGGAGACUACGCAAACUGGGCUGAGCUUCCUCCUGAGCUAACGUCAUCGAUUCUUCAUCGACUCGGCGCGAUCGAGAUAGUGGAAAACGCUCAGAAAGUUUGUAGAACGUGGCGUCGCGUCUGUAAAGAUCCAUCGAUGUGGCGCAAAAUCGUCAUGCAGAACCUCGGAGAAUUUGGAGAUACUUAUUACGAGAAAUUGUGCCGCUACGCAGUUGAUUGUAGCCAGGGAGAGUUGGUUGAGAUCAGUCUCUGCCACUUCGCUACUGAUUCUCUCCUCAGCUACGUCGCCGAUAGUUCAAGUAAUCUGAGAAGCCUUAAAGUUGCAAAGUGCUAUGAAAUAACAAGCGAGGGACUUAUGGAAGCAGUUUCGAAACUUAAGUUGCUUGAAGAACUCGAGGUCUCAUACUGCUCAGUAUCAGGAGAGUCUCUUAAAGUUAUAGGCAAGUCUUGUCCAAAUCUCAAGACUUUGAAGAAAAACUGUGUGGGUUACAGGCGUCCUCGAGACGAGUGUGAUGAUGUUGCUCUAGCAAUCGCUGAAUCAAUGCCUGGACUUCGCCACCUCCAGGUUUUUGGGGACAGGUUAACAGACGCUGGUUUAAACGCCAUCCUUGACGGUUGUCCUAACCUGGAACAUCUUGAUCUGCGCCAGUGUUUCAACGUUAACCUUGUUGGGGAUCUGGAGAAGAGGUGUUUAGAGAGGAUUAAAGUUGUGAGACGCCCUAAUGACUCGGUUCAUGAUUACCCAUUCGAUGCAACGGUUAAUGACGUGUCUUCAGACGACGAUGACUACCUUUAUGGCUUCUCUGAUGUUGAUGUAAUGUCAGAAGAUGAGUUUUACUAUGAUGAUGCUAGUGACAAUUCUGACUUCGACCCGUACGAUUAUUAUUAGGAUGAAUCUGUGUUUCUAAAAUGCAAUGGAUUUGCGUUGUAAUAAAACCUUUUCAAAGUCCUUCACGACCUCCUUUCAAGCAUAUACUUGUGGUUUCGUUGGACUCUGUGUGUACUUGAGUAAUGUGUGUGACCUUUAGUAAUAUUGUAAACUCUAGAAAUGUGACAGAUGAUAGUAAUAAUUUCAUCAAAGAAAAGCAAGCCCUGUG